ACCAAAGCAAAAGAAACAAGAAUGGCCAAAGCUCUUAGCCUAACAGUCUUUAUCUUCCUCUUAUUGAUAGCUUCCACUGUCCAAUCCGCUCGACUUCUCGAUGAGUUUCAAACUGAGGCACAACCAGUCCCCCCGGUACCGGAAGAGGAAGAUGACAGUUCACCAGCCGUAACAGCAACUCCAACAACAACAACAACAACACAACCUCCAAUACCAAUUCCUCUGCCAGGACCUGUCACAGGAGGACAUGAGCCAAUCCUCGAGUUCUUUAUGCAUGACGUGCUAGGCGGGUCACACCCAUCAGCACGUGUGGUAACGGGAAUAGUAGCACAAACAGAGGUGAAUGGAAUACCGUUUUCUAAAUCCAGCAACAACGUUUUCCCAGUAGACAACGCAGUGCCGCUUGUGAACGCAAACAGCAUCAACAAUUUAAUCAACCCAAACACAGCUCCACUCCUCACAGGACUUAGUGGCUCUCAAGCCAACACCGUCAUCCAAAAUAGCAACGCUAACUCCCAAGGAGCACUUAGCUCUAGCAAUCUUCCCUUCGUAACCACUGGUCAGCUCCCUCCCGUAGCUGCCCUCCAACAGCUCAUGUUUGGCACUAUCACUGUGGUCGACGAUGAGCUCACCGAGGGCCAUGAGCUAGGCUCUGCAGUCAUUGGCAGAGCCCAAGGGUUUUACCUGGCUACCUCUUUGGACGGAACUAGUCAGACCCUUUCCUUAACUGUGUUGCUCAGUGAAGAGCAUGGUCACCAUGACACGCUUGAUGAUGCCAUCAGCUUCUUUGGUGUUCACCGCACUGCUUCUCACGCCUCGCAUAUAGCUGUUGUGGGCGGGACUGGGAGAUUCGAGCAUGCUAAAGGAUACGCUGUCGUGGAGACUCUACACAACCAGGAAGACCAACAUGUCACUGAUGGUCAUGAUACCAUUCUCCAUUUCAGCGUUUAUCUUACAUACUACAAAGCUUGAAGAGUAAUAUGGCAAAUCUCUACAAAUUUUAUGUUCUUGUUUACUAGUUUCAAGUGUGGGUUUUUAUUGUGUUGUGCAUCUUUUAAUGUAUAAAAAAUGUUAAAUGGGAAUAUUUUAAAUUUGUCUUUAUAUGCAAAACUCUGGAUUUGUUUUGGCAAA